AUGAAGAAUAAAAUUUUAAAGGUCAUUGAUAUAUACUAUGAUGCUCUUGAUGCACACAAGAAUGGUGUUAAGGUCUAUCUUCCUAAGGAGCUGAAGCCUGACAUUUUCCCUCAUUAUAUGGAGCGGGAUCAGAAGUUCAUCUCCACUUCUAUUCUUGGAAUGAUCUAUGACUUUGUUAAUUCACAUACAGCACAGGAACACAUGUCAUCAUCUGAGAUCAGCAAACUCUCUUGUUUCCAAGAUGAGCCGGUCUCUGAUUCUCAUAUGGAGAAAUAUGGACGGUGGUAUGAUAAAUACAAAAAGGAGAUGAGCAAGGCAUUGAGUAACAAAGAUGAAUCAGCUGGUGAAGUUAUUCAGAGACACAAGCAGGACAAAAAUGAAUCAGCUAGUGAAGUUAUCCAGAGAUACAAGCAGGAGUUCUAUGGUGCUGCAGGGUUUGAAGACAGUAAGAAAAGUCUAGAAGAGCUUUAUCCGCAAGCCUUGGCACUUUACAACAUCGUUUACGACCAUGCAAUCAAAAUGAAAAACGUUCGGAAGUGUGGGUUUGUCUGGAAGGUUGCAGGACCAGUGCUGUGCAGGUUCUACCUUGAGAAAACGCAGGGGAAAUCCUUCGUAUCUUCACCCGCUGUGCUUAAAGAGCUUUGGGGAUGAACACAAAGUACUUGUUAUUCUGCCUUCCUCUUAAGCCUUUUGUGGUGAUAUCAUCAUGUAACAUAAAAAGCGCGUGAUGCAAGUAUUCUUACCUUGGUAAAAACCUAAUCUAUAGGUUAAGCUAUCCUUUCAAGAUGUGGUGUAGUAGUGCGUUUUGUUUUUAGUUCUAAAUCCACCCUUAUCCUCCCUUGUAUCAUACUUUCGUGUGUGUAUUUAAUGAAAUUUUCUUGUAAGAAUAUUUAA